AUGAUACUGGAGGCGAUCUCGGCGCUGAACGACAAGAACGGGUGUAAUAAGUCUGCCAUAUCGAAGUACACGGAGACCAAGUAUGGCAACCUACUGCCGUCACACUGGUCGCUGCUGACGGCCCACUUGGCCGGCAUGAAGGACAGCGGCAGCCUGCUGUUCAUCAAGAACAACUACUUCAAGCCCGGUUCCGACGCGCCACGGAAGCCCAAGCUGCUUCCCCGAGGCACCAUCCUCCCGCCGCCGCGCCCCCGCGGGCGGCCCCCCAAGCCCAAGGACCCCCUCGCCGCCGCCGUCGCCAAGUUCGCCGCUGGAUUCUCCCGGCCCCACUUGGGCGCCCGCCCACGGCCGUUAAUCCCACUCAUUCUGCUACUACUGGUGGUGGGUCUCGGCCUCUCUAGGCGAAGCCUGAGCUGGUGA